AUUAAUAUUAUAGAAGUCAGGCCUACAGUUUAAUGAUAAUCGGCGUUCUGGUUAAUUAAAGGAAGAAAAGAAAGCAAUGGCUCAGUUUGCUGUAAUUGAGCAAGCUAAAAAAUCCCUGAAGACUGUACAGGAGUACAUCAAAGUGGGCAUGGAAACCACACUAGAUGUUGCCCAGGAUUUUGCCGACAGUAAAAUAGAAAGCGAGAAGGAAAUAGAUAUUCUGAAGAGUGUAAUGAAGGACUAUGUACAAAUGGAGAGAGAUCUGGAUGAUUUCAUGAACAGUGUAGAAGACGUAACAAAACAGGCAGCACAAUCACAAGAGCCUAUUGAUUUGGAGGAGUCAGUGGAGAGUAAAUUACAGGCUUAUAAGAGCAAGAGUCAGAUGGUUCCACUUGAAAAUCAUGAAAAAUAUGUGGACUUGGCUGAGAAAAUCACAGAAAUACUUCAUCCGGACAGACAAGUGGACAGUGUGCCUCAGACCCCCACCUGUACUGGGGACGAGGAGAUGGUGCUGACACAAACAGACAUCAACACCAGGUGUCCCUACACAGGAAAAGACAUGGUCAACCCUGUCAAAAACCGCCAUUGUGAACACAACUAUGACAGGGAAGGGAUUCUACAUUACAUCAAAACAAAGAAGAACCGGGCAAAAUGUCCAGUGAGUGGUUGUAUGAAUGAAAACCCAAUCCAGAAAGAAGAUUUAAUUGAAAACAAAGAACUCAAGAGAUAUAUAGACAAAAAAAUCCGCCAAGAAAAGAGGACAAAGAAAUCUAGUUGAUGUUAACAUCAGAAGACUACCAUGUAGUGUUCAUAUUCUCAGUCUUAACAUUGUUGACAUUAUGCAGUUGAUGAAAUUUAUAGGCUGAAGGAAAAUGAAUGUGUAACACAAAUGACACAAAGUAACUGUGUCAGCAUAUUUUAUAGAACAAAAUGUGAGCUUGGAUUUUUAGAUAUAAGAUUUUACUGUGUUAUGGUAACAGGUCUCACUCUGAUCCAAAUAAAACUGGUUUUAUUUUCAACUUUUUUGUAAUGAAUUAAAGAUACAUCUCUUAAUUACAUUGAAUUGAAGUAGUACAUUUAGUUGUAUUUAAUGAAUAGAAAUUAUUUAGGUUUUUGUUGAAAAAUCGUUAGCGUAAAAGCGAAAUAUUAUUUGAACAGAGGAAUAAUGAGCUUUAAUUUACAUCUCCAAUUGUUCUUUUCGAAAAUGUUGAAUGGAUGUUUUUUUUUAAAUUAUAUUUUUGAUGCUGGAAAACUGAUGAGUAAAUAAAGAAGUCAGUUUA